UCGGAUCGCUACAACGUCUCGGCGGUCGCUCGCUCCCCUGCUCUGCAGCCGGAGCCACUGCCGCCACCGGCCCGGCCCCAGAAAGGAGGCUCUGGCCCGAGCGUGCGGGCACAGUAGCUUCAGCGUCAUGAAGGCCCGGCUCCAAUCCCGCCCGCGGUGCACCAGCGCGGGCAGCUGGGACCGGCCGGCAGGAGCAAGCGGGCGGCGAGGGGGCCGGGCAGGCUGCACUGGGCGGAGCGGCCCUGGCGGCGGUUGGGACCUGAAGGUUCCAUUGCACUUACUUCCUGUUUUGGGUCCGGGCACUUUGGAAGAACCAGGAUGGAGGCUCCAAAAAAUACCAGGAUGGAGGAAGCAGCCACGGGCAAGAGUGGCUGCGGCUGGAGUAAGCGAGCGCGACGAGCCACCGGAAACGGAGCCGCGACCGCGCCCCGCCCCUAGCCCCCUGCACGCUCCCCCUCCCUCUUCCGUGGGGUGGCUUCGCGCGCCGGGUGCGGGCGUCACUUCCGGCAAAGUCGGCGCGCAAAGAAGGUUCCGGGUUUCUGGCGCUUCAAUUCGGACACAGGAACCCCAAGAGACCAGGUGUCAUCUGUGGCUUCGUGACCCUGCUGUGGCCCCUGGAAAGCAUGUGCUUCUUGCAGAGAUCAGAGUUAAGAAGAUGGGAGGCAUCAAAGUCCCCCAAUAUCAAGGUAUGAAAUAUGAAGUUGGUUUGACUAGCCAUUUUACUCUCACCAGAGGGGAAAUCCUGAAGCUUCCCAGGAAGAUUCAAACUAUAUCAACAGAGACCAUGGGAGAUGAUUUCUGCUGAGCAACAUGGAAGUCAUUAACAAUCUGGCUUGUCUCCAUUUUCGGUCCCUUCUCAUACUCUCUGCCAUUCUAUUUCCAGUAUGUUCAUGUUUUCCCAGAAUAGCUAUAAAAUCAUGUAAUUGGCCUCCAAAUCAGCAAUGCUGACACAGCCGUUGGCAUUAAAGUACGGCAAAAUUGAUCAGCUUAUUUCUAAGAAAAUAUUCCAACGGGGUCAAGUUGUUUCAAAAUUUUAGGGAGAGUCUGAUCUAUGCAUUAAUGCUGUUGUUUCUGUCAUUACUACAUGGAGUGGAUACUGAAAACUGUCCCCACACUGCCUCCAAAAAUACCACUUCCCACAUGCAGUCAGCACCUUGCUGGUCCAGAUUCCUGCACAUGUAACGUGGUGUGCCCAUCUCUAGGCCAAGGCAGCUGAACACGGGGGGUUCCAACCUCAGAAAAAGUAUAUAAAAUCACAUGCUUAAAGGGCAACAGGUGGUAUAUGGGGGCAACAGUGGCUUGCCACCCAAGAAAUUAUAAAAUAAGGGAAAUUAGAUUUUUCUUUGAGACUUAAACUGCAAAAUCAGUAACUAGUGGAUGUGUCAAACAUAUUUUAAAAAUUACCCAAGAAAAACUCCCAUAAAAGAAUAUAUGAUGAAUACCUCAUUUUUGGUGUGUGUCAGUAUUUGUGUGGGAUAUGUAAAGUGAGUCAAUUCAAUUUUCUUAUUUGUAAAAUGCAAAUAACUGUACCUAUUUCACACUGGUAUUGUGAGAAUUAUGUGAAACGAUGCAUAAAAAGUAUUUAGUAUAGUGCCCGUUGAAUACCCCACCUGUCGGUCUGUCAUAUUGCAGUGGCUUGUGUGUUGCUGUGGUACUGGAAGCUAUGCCACUGGUAUUGCAAAUACCAGUAGGGUCACCCAUGGUAUACAGAUUUCAACUGAGCUUCCAGACUAAGACAGACUAGGACCUGGUGGUCUACUUCUGAAAAAAUUAGCCAGGGAAAACCUUAUGAAUAGCAGCGGAGUAUUGUCUGAUAUAGUGUGGGAAGAUGAGUCCCUCAGGUUAGAAGGCACACAAAAUACAGCAGGGGAAGAGCUGCCUAUUCAAAGUAGAGUAAACCUUAAUGACAUGGACGGAGCCAAGCUUUCGGGACCUUCAUCUGCUGAUGUGGCACGACUCAAAAUGAGAAGAAACAGCUGCAAACAUCCAUUAAUAAUUGUUAUGUGGAAUGUAUGAAGUAUGAAUCUAGGAAAACUGAAAGUCAUUAAAAAUGAAAUGAAACGGAUGAACUUCAAUAUCCUAAGCAUUAGUGAGCUGAAAUGGACUGGUAUUGGCCAUUUUGAAUUGGACAAUCAUAUGGUCUACUGUUCCGGGAAUGACAAAUUGAAGAGCAAUGGUGUCGCAUUCAUUGACAAAAAGAACAUUUCAAGAUCUAUCCUGAAGUACAAUGCUGUCAGCAAUAGGAUAAUAUCCGUUCACCUACAAAGAAGACCAGUUAAUAUGACUGUUGUUCAAAUUUACACAGCAACCACUGAGGCCAAAGAUGAAGAAACUGAAGACUUUUACCAACUUCUGCAGUCUGAAAUUGAUCAAACAUGUAAUCAAGAUGCAUUGAUAAUUAUUGGUGAUUGGAAUGCAAAAGUUGGAAACGAAGAGGGAACAGUGGCUGGAAAACAUGGCCUUGGUGAUAGAAAUGAUGCUGGAGAUUGCAUGAUAGAAUUUUGCAAAACCAAUGACUUAGUAAUUGCAAAUACCUUUUUCAACAACAUAAACAGCAACAAAAGGAAUUAAAUCGACUAUAUCUGUGGAAACAGAUGUUGGAAAAGCUCGAUAUCAUCAGUAAGAACAAGGCCAGGGGCUGACUGUGGGACACAUCAUCAACUGCUCAUAUGCGAGUUCAAGUUGAAGCUGAAGAAAAUUAGAACAAGUCCAAGAGAGCCAAAAUAUGACCUUGAGUAUAUCCCACCUGAAUUUAGAGACUAUCUCAAGAAUAGAUUUGAUGCACUGAACACUAAUAACCAAAGACCAGAUGAGUUGUGGAAUGAUAUCAAGGACAGCAUACAUGAAGAGAGCAAGAGGUCACUGAAAAGACAGAAAAGAAAAGACCAAAAUGGAUGUCAGAAGAGACUCUGAAGCUUGCUGUUGAAUGUAGAAUAGCUAAAGUGAAAGGAAGAAAUGAUGAAGUAAAAGAAUUGAACAGAAGAUUUCAAAGGACAGCUCAAGAAAACAAAAUAUUACAAGGAAAUGUGCAAAGAUCUGGUAAUAGAAAACCAAAAGGGAAAAACACACUUGGCAUUUCUCAAGCUGAAAGAACUGAAGAAAAAAUUCAAGCCUUGAGUUGUAAUAUUGAAGGAUUCUAUGGGGAAAAUAUUGAAUGACACAGGAAACAUCAAAAGAAAAUGUAAGGAAUACACAGAGUCAUUGUACCAAAAAUAAUUGGUUGCUGUACAACCAUUUCAGGAGGUAGCAUAUGAUCUAGAACCAACGAUACUGAAGGAAGAAGUACAAACUGCACUGAAGGCAUUGGCAAAAAACAAGGCUCCAGGAAUUGACAGAAUACCAAUUGAGAUGCUUCAACAAAUGGAUGCAGCACUGGAAGUGCUCACUUGUCUAUGCCAAGAAAUUUGGAAGACAGCUACCUGGCUAACCCACUGAUUUGUGCCCAUUCCAAAGAAAGGUGAUCCAUCCGAAUAUGAAAAGUAUUGAAAAAUGUCAUUAAUAUCACAUGCAAGUAAAGUUUUGCUGAAGAUCAUUCAAAAGCAGUUGCAACAGUAUAUCGACAGGCAACUUCCAGAAGUUCAAGCUGGAUUCAGAAGAGGAUGUGGAACAAAGGAUAUCAUUGCUUGAUGUCAGAUGGAAUCUUGACUGAAAGCAGAGAAUACCAGGAAGAGGGUUACCUGUGUUUUAUUGAUUAUGCAAAGGCAUUUGACUGUGUGGAUCAUAACAAAUUAUAGACAACAUUGCAAAGAAUGGGAAUUCCAGAACAGUAAUCGUACUCAUGAGGGACCUAUACAAAGAUCAGGAGACAGUCAUUCGAACAGAAUGAGGGGAUACUGAGUAGUUUAAAAUGAGGAAAGGUGUGUGCCAGGGUUGUAUCCUUUCACCACACCUAUUCAAUCUGUAUGCUGAGCAAAUAAUCUGAGAAGCUGGGCUGUAGGAAGAAGAACACAGCAUUAGAAUUGGAGGAAGACUCAUUAACAACCUUGCUUCCUAAAAGUGACGAGGAUUUGAAGUACUUACUGAUGAAGAUCAAAGACAACAGCCUUCGGUAUGGAUUACACCUCAACAUAAAGAUAGCAAAAGUCCUCACAGCUGGACCAAUAAGCCACAUCAUGAUAAACAGAAAAGAUGGAAGUGUCAAGGAUUUCAUUUUACUUGGAUCCACAAUCAACAGCCAUGGAAAUGGCAGUCAAGAAAUCCAAAGACUCAUUUCUUGGGCAAAUCUCCUGCAAAGGACCUCUUUAAAGUGUUGAAAAGCAAAGAUGUUACCUUGAAGACUAAGGUGCGCCUGACCCAAGCCAUGGUAUUUUCAAUCGCAUCAUAUGCAUGUGAAAACUGGACAAUGAAUAAGGAAGAUGGAAGAAGAAUUGAUGCCUUUGAAUUGUAGUGUUGGUGAAGAAUAUUGAACACACUGUGGACUGCCAGAAGAACGAACAAACCUGUCUUAGAAGAAGUACAACUAGAAUGUUCCUUAGAAGCAAGGGUAGGGAGACUGUGUCUUACGUACUUUCAACAUGUUGUCAGGAGCAAUCAGUCCCUGGAGAAGAACAUCAUGCUUGGCAAAGUACAGGAUCAGCAGAAAAGAGGAAUACCCUCAAUGAGAUGGAUUGACACAAUGGCUGCAACAGUGGGCUCAAGCAUAACAACAAUUGUGAGCAUGGCACAGGACCAGGCAGUGUUUUGUUCUGUGGUACAUACGGUUGCUAUGAGUUGAAACUGACUGGAUGGCAGCUAACAACAACAACAACCAGAAGAGUGAAAUACUGGUUGAAGAAUAACCCAGUCACACUAUGAUAUAAGAAACCCUAACUCAUUAUAGUUGCUCAUUCAUUGCUUUAUUGUUUCACUAAAUACUCGAAUACCUACUAUGUUCUACAUCUCAAGAAACGCGUCAGAAUACAUGUAUAAGUAAGACUCAACCAUAGUUUCUCAUAGUCUGGAACAGAAUACAGAUUCAUAAACCAACUCUUGCAGUACAGAAUAAGUGCUGUAGUGGAUUUUUUU